GGAUCCAGGCAGGGGUGGCACUGGGGCCUCUCGCUGGGAACUGUACUGCAGAGGACGUGACCGUGGGAUUGUCUGAGGCAGCAACCCAAACUUGGAGGUGAAGGCCUGACUUUGUAUUUGGAAUCAGUCCUGUGCGUCUGGGACACAGGCAUGUCCCACUCUCUCCUUGGCCUCCUGGAAUUAUCUGGAAGACAAAAUAUGGCUUCGACAGACAGGCAGAGGUGCUCCCGGAUGGUCUCUGAGCCUGUACUUCCAAGGAUCCAUGCAAUCCUGCAGAAGGAGACUGUGCGAGAGUUCCUGGCAGAGUUCCUGAGCACCUACGUCAUGAUGGUGUUUGGUCUGGGUUCUGUGGCCCACAUGGUCCUAGAUCAGACGCACGGGAGUUACCUCGGUGUCAACAUAGGUUUUGGCUUCGGUGUCACCAUGGGAGUGCACGUGGCAGGCAACAUCUCUGGGGCCCACAUGAACGCAGCUGUGACCUUCGCUAGCUGUGCGCUGGGCCGCAUGUCCUGGAGGAAGUACCCCGUGUACGUGCUGGGCCAGUUCCUGGGUUCCUUCACCGCUGCCGCCACCAUCUACGGCCUCUUCUACAGGGCCAUUCUCCACUUCUCCGGUGGAGAGCUGGCAGUGACGGGUCCCCAGGCCACCGCAGGCAUUUUUGCUACCUAUCUUCCUGAGCACAUGACGUUGUGGUGGGGCUUCCUGAAUGAGGUCAGUGGUCCAGGGUUGGGGGCUGCUCCCCAAGGCCCUCCUCAGAAGCCUGGAUGGGAGACUGUACCAAGAUCGGUUCCUGCCCAAGUGUAUGUGGUACUGACCGGAAUGCUCCAGUUUUGUAUCUUAGCCAUCACUGACAAGGAAAACAACCCAGCGCUGCCGGGCACACAAGCCCUGGUCACCGGCAUCCUAGUUACCAUCAUUGGAGUAUCCCUGGGCAUGAACACCGGUUAUGCUAUCAAUCCAUCCCGGGACCUGCCUCCCCGCUUCUUCACCUUUAUUGCUGGCUGGGGCACAGAGGUGUUCAGGGCCAGCGAGAACUGGUGGUGGGUACCAGUGGUGGCGCCACCCAUGGGUGCCUACAUAGGUGGCAUUGUCCACCUGGUCUUCAUUGGCUCCCGGGCCCCACAGGAGUCCCAGGGACAAGAGAACUCUGCGGUGACUGAAGACCAUGGGCUAACUGCGCUGCCUAAGACCAGCUCUCACUUCCCUGUGAUGUCCAUCAACACACCUUCCGUGCAGCCCAUCCCCACUGUGACCGACUCCAUGCCCCUAGAGAGCUUCUGAGUAGAGACACUUGGUGACUCCGCCACUAUCCCAAUUAAAAAAAAAGUGGUCCUGCAGCGGCACCCUCCCCA